UCCCGAAGGGGCGUGGCCUCAAUAACAAAAUGUCCCGCGCCGGAGAUUUUCGCUACUUUGUAACAGAGGACGUUUCUCCGGCCUUUGAAGAUCCUCGCGAGCGAGCUCAAGACACGAGCCAGGAUGGACCGAGACGCGGCCAGCCAGACAGCCUUGCCCACGGACGACCUCGACAACUUCCUGGCGGAGUUUGACCAAGUGGUGCAGGACUUUGACAAGGGCGAGCCCUGCCAGUAUCAGCAGCACCUGGAGGAGCUGAAGAGGAGGACCCUGCCCAGCAUCUAUGACAGCGGCAUCGACGACUCGGAAAGCAACAGCACCUCCCCUGGCAGCAGCCUGAACACCAGCGAGGAGGACCUCAACACUCCAGCUUCCGUGUCCUACUCCACAGCCAAGCUUGGAGACACCCAAGAGCUAGAGGACUUCAUUGCAGACCUGGACAGAGUCCUGGAGGAGCUAUGAGUUUCUGUCUUUUCAUGAGGACUGUCCCAAUUGAAGUAUCUCCCGAUGGCACCUUCUCAGGACAAAUGGAGUAAAAGCAGGAAGACAGGAGGACUAUUCUCAUGACUCACCACUGGCUAGGACUCUUAUUUGUCAUCUGGCUAUUUUUAAAACUCUGCCUUCGUAAGCCACAGACUAUUCUUGAAAUCUGCAUGGUCUUCAAAGGAACUUGCAUGUGAAAAUGAGCCACAGGCCUUCCUCUCUUCCUCCACCCCCAGGAACAUGGGUCCAAGCAGAAGUCUCUUGUUUCAGUUCAGGGGAGGCUCUGCAGGGAAGGACGGACAGUGGUCAGUGUGGCAUUGUGGGAUGCCCACCUUCGGCAGAGAGUGGCUCAACUGCACAUCGCAUGGCACUGAUAUUAUCACAUUCACUUGGCAUAUGGAAAUUGUGGGAUGAAGCUGCCAAUGUUCAGCUGUUCAGUCCAUAAAACUCAAGAAUGGCUUCAAAACUAGAUUUAGGGGUGUGUGCUCUAAUGCACACUUGAGAUACUUCAGAGUCUCAUUCUUCAUUCUCAGGGGAGUGUGUAUGUGAGAGGGGAUUCUAGUGGAGUGGGGACACACAGGAAUGGAGUGCCAAUGCUCUUCAGCUUCUCUGUCUGGCAGCAUGGCUAUGGCCAUAGGGGCUAUCAUAGAGAAUACCUGCACUUCUGAAUUUGCAACGACACCACUGGGGUGUGUGCGCACACAUAUGCAGGCUCCCUCCACUUCAUUCUUUGUAACCCCCCAUGCCUGGCUGACAGGUGCUGUAUUGGGGCAAGUGCUACCCCCACUCCUCCACUGUAACUAUAUUCCAAUGUAAAUACUGUAAAAUCAAGUUAUUUCUUUCUGGUUUUGUUCUUGUAUGUUAAUAUUAAACAAGUGGAGCUUUU